UUUGAUGUUGGAAUUCCAAGAUGAGCGCAGUGGAGGAGGAUCACAUGAAACUGUACCAGAGGUUCACCGAGUCCUUCAACAAGAUCACUAAACAAGAGGAGACUACGUCUUACCAGGAGAUCAGGGAUCCAGGGAACGAGUUCAACCUGGAUUAUAAUCUUGUAAGCAAUGGAGUCUCCGUCCCAACCCAGGGAUUUGCAUCAGAUCCACAAUACUUCCCGUUCUCCGGCCAGGGUGCGGACCAAAGACAGGGUUGGUUUCCUCCAGCUCCGGAGUUCCAGGUAACGGGGGAUCCUGGAGCAUACAUUCAUACUAAACCCGAACCUUCCUACGAACAACUAACGCUGUCAGGAUACGAUUGGCAGCAACCCUUCCUCCCAGCUCAACCUGUAUACGACGAAGGCGUUCCUAGCAGUGGGUACACGCCCAGUCCUGCACCAUCAACUCCCGUCUCCACCCCCUUCUCCCCCCGCCUAGACAUUGUAGGAAACAUGAAUCUACCGUUGCAAUCUCCAUUAGAGAUGGAUGACGCCCUUAACAUUCUUAAAACACAUGCCGACAGUAAAGUCCAAUUGUACGGACCAGGAUUAGAGAAUGCGCCAAUCAUCCCUCAGAAGAUGAAUUUGAAACGGAAAAGUGAUGUUUCCGAUCCGGGGUUUGACGAGUUCCGACCGAGUAGCAGUAGUAGUAGUUGUGGAGGAAAAGGACGGGGUCGGAGUAAAAAAUCUCGCAAGUUUGACGACGCCGAGGAUGCUGAGGACGCAUCUAUGGACCCUGAGGAGAAGGACGCGAAGGAUAAAGAGAGAAGGUUUGCCAACAACCAGAGAGAACGGGUUCGAAUCAAGGAUAUCAAUGAUGCAUUAAAGGAGCUGGGACGUAUUUGUAGUUCUCAUCAGAAGUCUGAUAAACCGAUGACAAAGUUAGGAAUAUUAAACAACGCUGUAGAUGUGAUCAUGGCCCUGGAGCAGCAGGUUAGAGAGCGAAACCUUAAUCCUAAAGUCGCGUGCCUAAAACGACGCGAGGAGGGAGGACCUAACGACUGUUUAUCUCCUAGUCCUAGUGGAUUAUACGGAGUUUCAUCUACCCCUGGAUCCACCUAUGUUUAUUCCCCUGAUCUGAGCUCAGAUUCUAUGACGCUUCCAUCAGCUCCGUUCUCCUCCUAACACUGAGCUCGGACACAUUUAACACCAGGAAACCUUGUAAUCAUUCUCCACCUUGUGUCCGAACCCCGGAGUAAACUUGAACCCUGAAGUGCAGGGAUGGAGAAGUAACAUCAAGUUUUCGGAUAAUAUGUUGCCUUCUGUCCUAGCACCUUGCCCUUUAAUUUUAGAAUUAUUAAUUUUACCUGGAAUUGAACUUUUCUUCCGCAUUUUUUACCCUCAAUUUUUAUUACCAGGACCAAUAAUAUAGAAGUUUGUAGAUAUUUAUUCUUGUAACGUUUCAGUAAAUCCUUUGAUAUUCAAGUGUACAUAUCAAAAAACAUUGCAUUUGAACAUAUCAAAAAACAUUGCAUUGUGAGUUGAUAUUCAGGUGUACAUAUUAAAAAAAAACAUUACAUUGUGAGAAAAUAACAUUACAGAACGUUUUUUAUUUUUAUUUUGUAAAAAUUUUAAUGUCUUAUUGUUUAGUACCAGCAUCACGCAGCCAAGUCUGUAUCAACGGGAUGGAAAGUUUCUUAGUUUAAAAAACAAAAGUUAAAAAUUUGAUUUUCUUUAUUUUCUUCUUUUUUGGUGUUUUGAAAUAUUUCUGUCUUGGUUAUUGAUGAAUUAAAGAAAGUUUUAUUUGUAAUUAUUUAACAUUAUAUAACUUUUCAUAACUAGGCUUUCUCGACAUAUACAAUUUUGCUUUUAAAACUUUCUUUCUCAUCAUGAUCAUUUUUAAUCUUUGUGAUCCUCUCUUAGUUGAAUCUGAUAUUUCCUAAGAUUAUUGUCCAACUCUGUACAAACCUGUCAGCAGGCAUUUAUGCAAUCUUUUAUAAGCAUAUUCUCAUGUUAGCUCCAGGUACUAGGUAUAUACACAGGAAUCAAACCCUUGUAUGUUCACCAGUACCCGGAGCAGGGUUAGAACCUAAAUCCUGUUUACAAACAAUAAUUGCUUCCUAAUCUAAACUGGAAUAUUUUCAGA